UAGCAGUGCCCACAGGUCAUCAUCAGUCUUCCCAUAGCAGCUUCAACUCCUACCACAAUGUGUACCCCCAACGACUCAGCUGUCCUUCAUGCCAUAUUUAACCCUAGUGCUCCAUUCGGUGAUAUUUGUGGAGAUAAAGGAAAUUACAUUCAAGAGGACCUACAGCUAGAAAACAGAUUCCCAGCUGAUCUUUUAGAAGAGGCUCUUAAACUAGAGUUGAGCGGUGUAAAAGCAGCGGAAUCUGGAGAUCUGGAGACAGCUGUACAGAAGUUUAAUGAGGCUAUUGAACGUCUUCCUGAUUGGCCAUCUGCAUACAACAAUCGCGCUCAAGCUCUGCGACUAAAGGGUGACGUGACAGGGGCACUGCAAGACCUGAACCAUGCAGUAGAAUUGAGUAAAGGAAUGGGCAUUGCUGGACGUCAGGCAUUGGUACAAAGAGGACUAAUAUUUCGCCUAAGAGGAAAUGAUGAAGCAGCUAAAGAAGACUUUCAAAAGGCUGCACAGCUAGGAAGUGACUUUGCUAGACAGCAGCUAGUUCAACUAAACCCUUAUGCUGCUCUCUGUAACCGCAUGUUAAGGGACAUGGUAAAGAAACUGCAAGAGCCAGACAAGGAGGGGAAACUGACUGACUGAUGUAGACUGGGUUAAGGCUGGGAAGUUUAAUACCUUUACUAUACAGAAGAAUAGAUGUUGUCUGCAAUUGUUCUUUUUAAUUUUUUCCUUCUCACCUUCUUAGAUCUAUAACAAUGUAAUGUGAGUCUAAAUAAAAAGAAAUCCAAUAGAUAGGAAAAAAAACUGCAGCAUCCACCACAAGAAAAAGGUCUUUGCAAAUGUUUAAUGGGUCAAGAGAACACAGGGAGAGAGACUGUUUUGUGUGGCACUGCCCCUUUUUUCGCACUGAAGGAGUUGUGAGUCUGUUUUAUACUAUGUUCACACGGUGGAAUGUCCACAUGGAAAAUUUUCAUGCAGACAUUCUACAGACAGCGGGCCUCUCCUAGACGGCAAUGCAUUUCAGAACAGGUUCAAUGUUUUUGCUGAAACCGGAAUCAGGAUUUUUACAGCAAAAUAAUCUGCCAUAUGAACAGAGCAGCACAAUCCCAUUGAAAUCAAUGAGAUUCUGUUGCUGCAGAAUGUCUAUGCAGAAUAUUCUUGCGGAAUUCCGCAGGGACAGCCAUGUGGACAUAGCCUUAUUGUACAGGAGCAUGGUCUAAGCUGGAUAGUGGGGCAGUGCUUGUGCUGUUUCUGUCUGCUCUGCUAGAGGAAAAAACAAACAAACACAAUGCCAUUCAUUACCAACCACUUUUUCCGAGUUUACCAUAUGGUAAAAAUGACGAUUACAACAAUAUUACAUUUAUAUAGUUUUUAUUUAAUUUUAUUGCUUUUAUAAAGAAUGUAUAAGGGCUCA